AACUGACUCCAUUACUUUCAUCCACCCCCAAAACAAACCAACAAACUUUUCACCACCAUCACCUCCGGCCACCACAACCUCGCCGGAAAAUGAAUAUUCCGGCACUAAAACCAUACUCUUCGAUACGACUUCCGCAUGCGAAAGUCUCCGUUCAUCGUCGUCACAUUCCUCAUGAACAUAAGUAGAUCUGAAGGUAUUUGUCUUAACCCAAAGUUGUUCAGCAACUAGUGAAAGAAUUUUGGAGUGAGAAGUAAUUAUGAUUUGAAUUUUGACUAUAGUGGAUAAUUUAAAUAGAAUAGUAAAUAGUAUGCAUUUCCAAAUGAAGAUUCAACCCAUUAACAAUCCUAGUUAUGAUGAAUCGGUUAAUUGCGAGACUCCACCGGCUGUGAAGCCGGUGUUGAAGUCUCGGUUAAAGAGGUUGUUCGAUAGGCAGUUUCCGAGUGUUCUGAAGAACAAUUCGGAACACUCGGAAACUGUAAACAACGGUGAAGUAAAAAAUGGAGAACAAUUCGAGCCGAGCUCGGUUUGUUUAGCUAAAAUGGUGCAGAUGUUCAUCGAAGAUGUCGCUACUCCUGAGAAGCCGAAAUGCGGACGCAAUCGUUGCAAUUGUUUCAACGGAAACAUCAACGAUAGUUCAGAUGAUGAGUUUAAUCUUUUCGCCGAUUCUGAUGCUUCAGAAACACUCAAGAGCUUGACACCUUGCGUGAGUGUCAUUCAAAGGAAUCUAUUAGCAGACACAUCCAAAAUCGUUGACAACAACAAAAAUCUCAAACGAAAAGAUGAAUUGCGAAAACUUGUUGUAGAAGAAUUGAUAUCAAUCGGUUACGAUGCCUCAAUUUGUAAAUCACAUUGGGAGAAAUCAUCAUCAUAUCCUGCCGGUGAAUAUGAGUACCUAGAUGUUGUUGUUGAAGGUGGAGAUAGAAUAAUAAUUGAUCUAGAUUUUAGAUCCGAGUUCGAGAUAGCUCGACCAACCUGCAUUUACAAAGCAAUCCUUCGAUCUUUGCCAGACAUCUUUGUUGGAGACGCAGAGCGUCUCCAACAAAUACUAGCAAUAGUAUCCGAAUCAGCAAAACAAAGCUUGAAAAAGAAAGGAAUGCAUGUUCCUCCAUGGCGGAAAUUAGACUACAUGAGAUCGAAAUGGCUAUCGACACACUUCCGUACUCAACCGGCACCGUUGGUAAAGUUAUCACCACCGCCACCGACUCCGCCGCCGACGCCACACGCAGUGGAACGGAAAGAUACAGAGUGUGGGGGUUUUGAGCUGAAUUUUGGGGAGGAAACGACGUCGUUGAUUCGGUUAUCUCUGCCGGAGAAAAAGUCCGAUGACGGUUUUGAGUUGUCGCCGGCGGGGGAGUGGCAGCCGCCGGCGUUGAAACCGAGGAGUAAAUUAGUGGUCACUGGAUUAGGUUCUCUUUUCAGGGAGAAAGUAUGAGAUAAAGGAAUAAACAAAUUUUGCAAAUUAGUUUUUUUUUUUGUUUUUUUUUUGGUGAAGAGUAAAAGAAAGCGAAAAUGAUAUGUAUAAAAUAACGUGUAAAUGUUUUUUUAUCCUAAUUUCUAAAUCGGUUAGAUCAAUUUUAGUUCAAGUUUUAAUUUAAUGUUAAGUUUAUAAUUG